AUGGCGGUAGGCAAAGGGGAAACGGAGAUGGAGAUAGUGAAGGCGAGAACUGAUAAGCGAGAAUACAAGAGAGUUGUCCUUCGAAAUUGUCUCCAAGUCCUUCUCUGUGCGGCUUCUAUGAAUGUUAGUGUUGGUUAUUUCAGUGAUCCAGUCGGUCUUGAAGGACUUGCUCAUUUUCUUGAGCAUAUGUUGUUUUAUGCAAGUGAGAAAUAUCCACUAGAGGAUAGUUACUCUAAGUACAUUACUGAGCAUGGGGGCAGUAUGAAUGCUUUUACGACUUCGGACCACACCAACUUUUAUUUUGAUGUUAACAGUGAUUGUUUUGAAGAUGCUCUGGACAGAUUUGCACAGUUCUUUAUCAAACCGUUGAUGUCGGCUGAUGCAACCAUGAGGGAAAUUAAGGCAGUUGAUUCUGAGAAUCAGAAAAAUUUACUGUCUGAUGCCUGGAGAAUGAGCCAGGUACCUUUUAAUGCACUUCCUCACCUAUGGGGUAGAUUAUGUAUUCCAUUGGAUAGUUCUAUGGUUGUGCUUAACAGUGCAUGUUAUGAUCCUGCACUAUAUGAAGGGAAUUGGGACACUUUGGAAGUUCGGCCAAAAGAAAAAGGGCUGGAUACAAGACUUGAGCUUAUUAAGCUCUAUGAAGAAAAUUAUUCAGCCAACCUCAUGAACUUGGUGAUAUAUGCAAAAGAAAGCCUUGAUAAAAUACAAUGUCUUGUCGAGGAUAAGUUCCAGGAAAUUCGAAACAAGGAUAGGAACUGUUUCUCUUUUCCUGGUCAGCCUUGCUCCUCAGAACAUUUACAGAUACUUGUUAGGAGUGUCCCAAUAAAACAAGGUCACAAACUGAACAUUGUUUGGCCAAUAACUCCGGGCAUUCUUCACUAUAAGGAAGCACCUUGUAGAUAUCUUGGCCACCUGAUUGGCCAUGAGCUUGAAGAUGCAUUCAGGUAA